ACUCAACACACAUUCAAUCUUUCCUCUUUUGUCCAGUUUGUAAAAUAUUGGAAUGGAAGAAAGUUCUGUAGCACCAGAGAUCCUCCAGUUUCCCACUUAUAUGAAUGAUCACACUGGCUUCUGCGGCAGGAUAAAAGCAUUCCCAAGUGACUUUGUAGUGACAGAAAUUAGUAUACUCGGACAAUUAGUUAAUGAAAUUGUGGCAGAUUCUUCUCAAAAAUCCAGUGGAAUUUUAUCAGAACAAGGAACCAGUGGACAGCAGGAUUUCAAAAAGUUGCGGAUAGAUAAGGAAUGCCCAGAUAAGGAAUGCUGUGGAAUUCAAGUUGAUAAUGUUCACUGUACUACUGAUCAGCUUUUAUCUUGUAUUCAAGAAAGUGAAGACUAUAGAGAUAAUCAUGUAUUUGAAUGCCACUUUGACAGAGCUGUUAUAUUGGACUCCUUACUAGAUGAGCCUGUAAGGGAACAACUACAUCAUUUUGCUUGUCAUGUCAAACACACAUGGAAUUCUACAUCUGAGUCAGGAGCUGUUCUUCCUGAAUUCACCCUUGGUUCAAUUCCUGACAAGAAUGUCCGAGCCAGCUUGCAUGGAGCCAUCAGGCAAGAAUAUCCUUUCUUAAUCACAGUUACAAAAUGUGGUGAGAUUAUCGUCAAAGUGAACCAGGAGUACCAAGAACUCUGCCAGUUGGUAUCUGAAGAAGAAGCAUCUGGAUUUCUAAAAUUUUUGGAUGCCAAAUUAGAAAAUUCUAAGUUUGCUUUUAGGCCUGAUGGGAAUAAAGAGAGUCGUAAGCUGGUUCACCAUUUUCUCAAUAAAAAAUUUGGGAAGCUCAUAGAAACCAAAUCGUUCCCUGACUCUCAACAAAAGCUUGUAAUUAUGGUAAGGUUUCGUGAGAAAAGUGGAUUCAGGAAAAGGGCUAAUUCUGACAUUGGGGAGAAGCACAACAUUUAUACAGCUUUUACUCUCAGGAAAGAGAACCUGGAAACCCUUGAAGCAAUUAAUUAUUUGUCUGCAAAGCUCCGUGUACUUCCUUCAGACUUCAGUUAUGCUGGCAUUAAAGACAAAAGAGCAAUUACUUAUCAAGCUAUGGUGGUGAAGAAAGUGACCCCUCAAAGAUUAAAAGAACUUGGAUAUGCAAUUGAAAAAAAAGGACUUAGUGUGUCUCAUAUACACGCUGUGAGCCAACCACUUAAACUUGGUCAGCUGCAAGGAAAUCAGUUUGACAUAAUUGUGAGAGAUUUAAAACUCCAUAAUCCUACUUCAAGCCUAAAGGAGCAAAUUUGUGAGGCAGUCGAGAAUGUCAAGAAAAAUGGGUUUAUAAAUUACUAUGGAUCUCAGCGGUUUGGACAAGGGCAGAAUAUUCAGACAGAUCAGAUUGGCUUGGCUUUGCUGAAUGAACAAAUGGUCAAAGCUGUGAAACUGUUUUUCACACCAGAAGAUUCAGAUGAUCCUGUUAAUAAGGCAAAGAAAUACUUUCUUCAGACUGAGGAUGUGAAAGGUACCCUUGCAAUGCUGCCUGACUUCAAAGUAAGAGAGAAGAUGCUAUUGCGUGCCUUGAACCGAUAUGGUUUAAAUCCUGAUGGGUGUACGCGAGGAUGGCUCAGCAUUCCUCACGCAAUGCGUAUUUUCCAUAUCCACGCAUAUUGCAGUAAAGUUUGGAACGAAGCCGCAUCCUACAGGGUUAAGAUCUAUGGUGCGAGAGUUGUGACUGGUGAUCUGGUUUUUUCAGGAAAAAGUACAGAAAACUGCUCGCUGAAUGACAAGGUCCAUGUGGUAACAACUGCAGAAGAAACAGACAACAAGUAUACAAUAAACCAAGUUAUUCUCCCAAUGGUUGGUUACAGUAUCCAAUAUCCCACUAAUGAAGUCGGGAAGUGGUAUCACAAAAGGCUUGCUGAUGAUGGGCUUCAGAUGUGCCAGUUCAGACUUCCUGCAUUGCAGUUGAAUGUGCCGGGCUGCUACAGACACCUUCUAAAAUAUCCUCAUGAUCUGUCAUACUGUUUCUUAGAUAGUACUGAAAAAGAAAUGGGAAUGGAAGAUGAUCCCCUACCAAAUUCAAAACUGUCUCUUUCUAUAUCAUUCCAUCUUGAUCCUUCGUGUUAUGCAACUGCUUGUUUGGGGGAAAUCAUGAAGUGCCAACUUUAAAAUAUUCCAUUUUAAGGAACAUGGUUGACUUGUUCAAAUUGGAAUGGACUCUGUGGAAAAAUCAGUAGUGCUACAAGGAAUGCUUUGGGGUAUUUAAUUAUUAUAACAAAUAA